AUGAAAGCUGUUUAUUUGAGAAAUGUCGGAAACCAUAUAUCUAUCUAUAUCUAUCUAUUCAAAUCUCUCUCUAUCUCUCUCUUGUCACUUGAAAUUCCAGCGCUACUGUCGUCUGCCAGAGCUUCAGAAAUCCCUGGGUUACGGCGAGCACGGCUCAACAACAAUGGCCAAAUCGCAAGGACAGACGCUCAGUGUUUCGUCCAUGGACAGCUAUACGAUGCAGCCGUAUCCCCUCUCACGGACCUCAGUCACCAGUUCUUCAUACCGAAGCAGCCUUCUUUCAUGAGCCUCUUUAACCCCUUCUUCAGCUCGCCAAGUAACAGAUGUUUCUUCUCGCUAUCUAGCCUCAGUCCAGACACAAUAACCUCCACUGGUAGUGUAGCAUCAACCAACAAUCUUCAUUUUCUUGAGUCCUUCGAUCUGGUCUUCUGCCUUGUGUCAGUCACACCUUGCUUCAAGAAGGCAAUCCUUCGCAGGUCCGUCGAGAGUAUACUCGCACUUCUCAAAGCUGCUGCUACAACCUUCAGAACUAAGUUAUGUCUAUAG